CCACGUGUACUAAAUCAUUCGUACGCUACCACUUCCUUUUAACAAAGCUCAUGAGAAGGAACAAGAUUCUCAGUUCCUGUUUUGCUCUUCACACACUUGUGCAGCAGCUCUGAAUCCCUUCUUCAAUUCUAUUCAGGAAUUGCUAUACGCGUACGUAUACCUACAAAAAUGGCGGACAAGCCCAGCAGAGCUUUGGUAUUGUAUGGAGAUGGGUUAGCCCGAUUCAUCAGCCCGACGCAAACCCACCUCCAUUCUUUCGCUUCUCGGGCCUGCUGUGGUUUUCUGGCUCUCCCUCAUUCCCCUCCUUCAGAAAACGAGGAUGCAAGAAUAAUCAGGGAGUUUGCCGAGCUACUGGAUGCGAAUGAAGCGUAUCAAAAUUUGGAUUCAAAAAGAGUAGGUGAAGACAAACCUGAAGAAAAGUGUGCAUUCCCAUCUCUAGCAGAGAGGUUCAUGGGAAUGAAAGCAGCUACAGUCACUGACAAUUUAGGUUUGAAAUCUUUUGGAGGUAUACUCGGCUUCAAGGUGUUGCAAUGGGAUGAAUUUGGCUUCUGAAUUGCUGAAAUUGCUUGGUUUUGAAGAUGGGAAGAUAAUUGACAGCAACGAUUUUGAUUUAGUUGUUGUUCAUGUUGGGGCUGGUGAAAAGAUGAAUGGUUACAAAGACGUAGAAUUUGUGAACUGUUUGGUUGGUGAUUUAUUGCAUAUUGCACAAUCUGAAACUGAUAUUGGUUCUAGGUUGCAUAUGUCUGUUAUCAUGAGCUAUGGAGCUACCCUAGAGAAUGACCAUUUAGAACUCCCGGUUUCUGAUAGUAAACCUGAAAAUAACAGCGAAAUUUCACUGCUUUUCCCACGUCAAAGUUACACGGUGCAAGCAGGGAAGCCAAGGGAAAAUAUUAGGCAUUACUGCCCGAUGCUGCAUGCCCAGUAUCAGAAGGCGGUAACUCGCGUGGACACAGUGGAGUCAUUCACCUUAAGAGAUAUUAUUGAGAACAGUGGAAACCUCAUAAUACCGGCCGACAGGGUCUUGCAUGAAGUUGCAUUUAAGAUUUGGAAGGCCCCAAAAUACGGGGCGUGAAAUGAUGCUACGAGGGCUAUUUUGCAACUGAAACAAUGAAUUGACUGAAGAAAAAAAACGAGAAGAAGAUGCAAAAUCGUGUUCUUUCCGAUGAGUUUGCACUCCUAAAAGAACUGAUGAUCUCCAGCCUCCAAGAACUUUGUAUCGGUUGACAUUUUUCCAUAUAAAUGGCUGAACUAAUGAGCAUCAGCUUAUGGUUGUGUUAUCAGUGAUAUUAAUUGACCCCAAACUUGUAUGCAUUUUUCUCAAUGCUUUCAUCUCGUCUCCCAAACAUGGCACAGUACCAGCUGCACCCUCUGCUCAUUUUUCUUUCAAUGAUACUGCAGCUACCUAUUUGUUCUUUUA